GCUUUCUCCAAGUCUGGUGAGCUGCUGACCCGCCGGUUACGGCGGCUGGGCUUCCAGGCCAUGAUGGGCCAAGAAAUUGGCUGGUUUGAUGAUCACAGGAACAGCCCCGGAGCGUUGACUACACGUCUUGCCACUGAUGCUUCACAAGUUCAAGGGGCGACGGGCUCACAGAUCGGCAUGAUUGUCAACUCUCUAACCAACAUCGGCGUGGCCGUCAUCAUGUCCUUCUACUUCAGCUGGAAGCUCACACUGCUCAUCCUGUGCUUCCUGCCAUUUAUCGCGCUGUCGGGUGGUUUCCAGGCCAAGAUGCUGACGGGCUUUGCAAAGCAGGACAAGCAGGCCAUGGAGGCUGCAGGACGGAUUUCCGGCGAGGCUCUGAACAACAUCAGGACCAUCGCCGGUUUGGGGAAAGAGAAGAAAUUUGUCGAGAUGUUUGAGGCCCAGCUGGAUGAUCCGUACCAUGCAGCCUUAAAGAAAGCCAACGUGUACGGCGCCUGCUACGGUUUUGCCCAGUGUGUUAUCUUUUUGACGAACUCUGCCUCCUAUAGGUUUGGAGGCUACCUUGUUCGGCAAGAGGGGCUUCAUUUUAGCCUGGUUUUCAGGGUCAUCUCUGCCAUUGUCACUAGCGGCACAGCCCUCGGAAGAGCCUCUCUUACACCCCCAGACUACGCCAAGGCCAAGAUUUCGGCUGCACGCUUCUUCGAGCUGCUUGACCGUGUGCCUAAAAUCAGCGUUUACAGCGACAAAGGAGACAAAUGGGAUAACUUCCAAGGGAACAUUGAGUUCACUGACUGUAAGUUCACCUACCCCACCAGGCCGGACAUUCAGGUCCUGAACGGGUUGAACGUGUCCGUGAAACAGGGCCAGACGUUGGCCUUUGUGGGCAGCAGUGGCUGUGGGAAGAGCACCAGUGUGCAGCUGCUGGAGAGAUUUUAUGAUCCUGACCACGGCAAAGUGACCCUCGACGGUCAUGACAUCCGAGGACUGAACAUCCAGUGGUUUCGCUCUCUGAUUGGCAUUGUGGAACAGGAACCUGUGCUUUUUGCAACCACUAUUGCUGAGAACAUAAGGUACGGCCGACCAGGAGUCUCCAUGGAUGACAUCAUCACUGCUGCCAAAGAGGCCAAUGCCUAUAACUUCAUCAUGGACCUGCCACAGACAUUUGACACCUUGGUUGGGGAGGGUGGUGGUCAAAUGAGUGGUGGACAGAAGCAACGCAUUGCCAUUGCCCGAGCGUUGGUGAGGAAUCCUCGUAUCCUGCUGCUGGACAUGGCAACCUCUGACCUCGACAAUGAGAGUGAGGCAGUGGUCCAAGAGGCCUUGGAUAAAGUACGCAUGGGCCGUACCACCAUCUCCAUUGCUCACCGGCUGUCCACCAUAAAGAACGCUGAUGUGAUCGUGGGCUUUGAGCAUGGCCGCGCCGUGGAGAGGGGCAAAACCGAUGACCUGCUGGUGAGGAAGGGAGUCUACUUCACCCUCGUAACUCUGCAGAGUCAAGGAGACAAGGCUCUCAAUGAGAAGGCUCGACAAAUGGCUGAGAAUGAAGACAUGUCAGAGAAGCGCAGUCUGUCCAGAGCAGGCAGUUAUCGUGCCAGCUUGAGAGCAUCAAUUCGGCAAAGGUCCCGAUCCCAGCUGUCAAACCUCAUUCCUGAACCUAACAUUUCUUUCACUGGAGAAGUCGGCCCCAGGGUUUAUCAAGUGCCGCAGGCGGACGAGACCAAGGUGUGUAAACCCAUGACAAUGGAGGACGAGGAGGAGUUUAUCGAACCCGCUCCAGUUGCCAGAAUCCUGAAGUACAAUUUACCCGAGUGGCCCUACAUGACUUUUGGAUCCAUUGGAGCUGCAAUAAAUGGGGGAGUCAAUCCCGUCUACUCCCUACUGUUCAGUCAAAUCUUGGCAACCUUCUCAAUGGCUGAUCCUGUUGCUCAGAGGAAUGAGAUCAAUAAUAUCUGUGUGUUCUUCGUCAUGGUUGGUGUGGUCUCUUUCUUCACCCAGAUUGCACAGGGUUAUGCUUUCUCCAAGUCUGGUGAGCUGCUGACCCGCCGGUUACGGCGGCUGGGCUUCCAGGCCAUGAUGGGCCAAGAAAUUGGCUGGUUUGAUGAUCACAGGAACAGCCCCGGAGCGUUGACUACACGUCUUGCCACUGAUGCUUCACAAGUUCAAGGGGCGACGGGCUCACAGAUCGGCAUGAUUGUCAACUCUCUAACCAACAUCGGCGUGGCCGUCAUCAUGUCCUUCUACUUCAGCUGGAAGCUCACACUGCUCAUCCUGUGCUUCCUGCCAUUUAUCGCGCUGUCGGGUGGUUUCCAGGCCAAGAUGCUGACGGGCUUUGCAAAGCAGGACAAGCAGGCCAUGGAGGCUGCAGGACGGAUUUCCGGCGAGGCUCUGAACAACAUCAGGACCAUCGCCGGUUUGGGGAAAGAGAAGAAAUUUGUCGAGAUGUUUGAGGCCCAGCUGGAUGAUCCGUACCAUGCAGCCUUAAAGAAAGCCAACGUGUACGGCGCCUGCUACGGUUUUGCCCAGUGUGUUAUCUUUUUGACGAACUCUGCCUCCUAUAGGUUUGGAGGCUACCUUGUUCGGCAAGAGGGGCUUCAUUUUAGCCUGGUUUUCAGGGUCAUCUCUGCCAUUGUCACUAGCGGCACAGCCCUCGGAAGAGCCUCUUCUUACACCCCAGACUACGCCAAGGCCAAGAUUUCGGCUGCACGCUUCUUCGAGCUGCUUGACCGUGUGCCUAAAAUCAGCGUUUACAGCGACAAAGGAGACAAAUGGGAUAACUUCCAAGGGAACAUUGAGUUCACUGACUGUAAGUUCACCUACCCCACCAGGCCGGACAUUCAGGUCCUGAACGGGUUGAACGUGUCCGUGAAACAGGGCCAGACGUUGGCCUUUGUGGGCAGCAGUGGCUGUGGGAAGAGCACCAGUGUGCAGCUGCUGGAGAGAUUUUAUGAUCCUGACCACGGCAAAGUGCUGAUCGACGGUCGUGACUCAGCUCACAUCAAUGUGUCCUUCCUGCGGUCCAAAAUCGGCAUCGUGUCCCAGGAGCCUGUCCUGUUUGACUGCAGCAUCGCCAAGAACAUCAAGUACGGCGACAACUUGCGAGAAAUCAGCAUGGACGAAGUCAUCGCCACCUCGAAGAGAGCUCAGCUUCAUGACUUUGUCAUGUCGCUUCCAGAGCAAUACGACACCAAUGUCGGUGCCCAGGGAUCUCAGUUAUCUCGUGGUCAGAAGCAGCGCAUUGCCAUCGCCAGGGCGAUAAUACGCGACCCCAAGAUCCUGCUCCUGGAUGAGGCCACAUCUGCCCUGGACACUGAAAGCGAGAAGACCGUACAGCAAGCCCUGGACAAGGCCAGAGAGGGCCGAACCUGCAUUGUUAUUGCCCACCGCCUGUCCACCAUUCAGAAUUCCGACAUUAUCGCCGUCAUGUCCAGAGGUUAUGUGAUUGAAAAAGGGACGCACGACCAGCUCAUGGCCCUGAAAGGAGCCUACUACAAACUGGUCACCACUGGAGCUCCAAUCAGUUAACUGCUAAGGAAAAGAAAUGGGAGCAAGCAGCCAAUGGGAACAAGUGUACAGUGCAGAUGCCUAGAUCCACCUUUAAAUCACAAAGUAUGUGAACAAUGUAAGGGCACGUGAUGGAAACCCACUUCUGGGUGUUUUGUGAAGACUCUGUUCGACUUGUGUUUUCUUCCAUUCAAGGAAAAUGCUAUUUUUGGAGGACAAUAUUUAUUCUUUGCACAAUGAUCCUGUCAAAGAGGGGGUUUAUAGGUCAGAUGCCCAAAUAAUAGAGACUAUACAAAGCUUUCCUUCCUUUUCCAUGUUAGGUUUGUGUAUUGUUUUGUUUGUGGUUCACUGCCUUUUAUGUCAUGGUGAUGGAGUGAGCGCAGUCUCAUUUCUAUCUGAUGUCUCUGACUCCAUCAGUACUAGUUGUGAAGCAGUGAUUCUGUUUGACUUCUAAAACAAUAGUUCACUAAUUAAUGGGUGUUAAUUUGGACCCUCAUCCUCAGGAUGGUUACGAGUUUUCUGUUUUUACUUGCAUCUGUCUGUGUGUUUCUGAUUUGUAUGUGAUAUCUUGACAAAGAUGUUGUGUAUCAAGAUGAAACUUGGAACA